UUGUUUGAUUUUGGAUCCUUGCUAUCCCUCUGUAUAUCUUGUUGAUGUUUGGAUAUUUGUUGAUUUGCUUUGGGGUGGAUGACAAGGCCACUUUUUGUUAGUUGAUAUAUAAUCUUGAACUCAUGUUUGCUAUUUUUAAUCUUAAGAUGCCUCGCCUCUAUUGUGAAAACACGCAUAGUUGCAUGUGAGGUAGUCUUUCUCACCUAAAUAGUUGGCUCAUUGACGACCUGUGAAGUGAAGCCCCUUUUGAAGAUAUUUUUACCUAUUUUCUUUCAUGCUCUGCCUCCAUGGUUUCUUCUCUGAAGUGGUUACAUUCUCAUUUUUUUGGAUCUUGUUCUAUGCAUGGACUGUGAGUGAGAGAGAGGGUUUGGGUUUAGCUGUGAACUCUCGCAAGUAUGCUUGUUCACGAGACUCAUAUGUCACGAAAGAGCAAAGUUGGUCACAAGAGCUUUCAAACGAUUCAACAACUUUGGCUUUAUCAGUGAUAGCUAUAAUCCUAAAGGUCCGGAUCCACAGCCAGAAAACGAAGUCCUAGUGAAAUCAGACAAGAAAAUGAUGAAGGAUGAAAUGAAACAAUACAGAAUUUGUGAAAUUGUUCCCAAUGGCUCAGUUUUUAGUGGUCCUCUUAUUGGAUUUUAAAUCCUUCUACAACAAGGAUGAUGGAUUGGCUACUACCAGAAAUCAGAAAAUGCUUCAGUUAUCAGAUUUAAGCAGUUGGGGAAGGCGUCUGGCCAUAAACCUCGUGUGCAUGUGGGUUCUGUUCGCAUGGCCACCCUUGUUUGAUAAAGAGAGAGCAUAGGUGGAGACAUGGUUUUCAGAAUGGCUCCAUUGGCUGGACUACCCGACGGGAAGCCGGGAGUAGGGGACGUUCUGUGUCGUUUGCUGAGGGAAAGAUUUCCUAUUUUUGAUAAAGUCAGAGAUGCCCUCUAUGCUGAAAUUGAGACACCACAUUGAUUGCUAUUUGACAUGAGUUAAAUCAAACAAAAGCUGCCACUUCUUCACCUCCCUUCCACAUGUAUUAGUUGCAAUUUACGUGGCCACUUCUUCUCACCACCUUUUAUAACCGUCCAUACCCCUGAACAAGCCCCAAAUAUCCUUCAUACCCAUUCUUUUCAUACCCACUGAUCAUCUCUCUAUACUCACAUCAAACCCCUCAUUCCACACCCCACCAUACUCGUCCUUCAUACCCAUUCUUUUCAUACCCACUGACCAUCUCUCUAUACUCAUAUCUAACCCAUUUCCCAUCACUAUUUAUACCCAUUAAAUCUUUCACGUCCCUACUCAUAUUUCCACCAUGCCCAUACUUAUUAGAUGCCCACCAUAAUCCUAUUCACAUUCAUCCCUCUCCCACAUCCACUCGUCUUACCCAUCUUCUUCCAUCCAAUUUUAUUCACUACAUGCAGCCAAUGUGAAUUUUGUUGAUUUGGCGGGAAAUGGUGGGUGCUUCAAGUCUCAACCUCUCAAUUGGAUGAACCCUGUUCCAUGGAUGACUUCCCCACCUGGUGGACCACUGGUUGAAGCCCUGUGCCUGGGCAUAGCAAGUACAGUGAAACCACCUUUCCAAUGCAGCAUCAGUUCAUGGUGGCAGCAGCAGUAUCACCACCACUAGCAGCAGUAGCAGGAGCUCCUGUGGAGAUGGCAGCCAAGGGCUUAUUUUGAUUAAUUGAAAAAGGGGGUUUAGACUUCUCUACCGUUAGGUUGGACCAGAAGCAUUUGGCCAAGGGUUCGCGUCAAUCAAAACAAAAUGGUACUCCUGCUGCUCCAAAAGAAGCUGUCAUUUUCACCACCCUAGCCGUCAUUGUGCACCACUCUAGUUGGAUUGGAAAUGAGCAUUCCUUCGUCCUUGUAGCAUCUCCUUUCCUGUUCAAAUUCCCUUAUUCAUACCCAUAUUGCACUCUAUCCCCUCUAUCCCCAUGCAUGUCAUCAUUCUUCCUAACCUCCGCCCACUCACUUCUUUUAUUUUAAGCAUAAAUAAACCCUUUCCUAAAGCUAUCCUCCAGACGGGAAUCCCUAAAAAAGGCCUUAUUUUCCUUUGCCACACUCAGUUCUCACAGGGAUGGAGGUUUAUCUUGCGCUCAGUGGGGCCCAUGUGUUUUGCCGCUUUGACCAUUAGAAAUGGUAAAAUUCCAUUAACAGUGAAAGAAACGGGUUUGAUUUUAUAGGCGCAUGAGGGUUUCCCUCUGCUUUCUCCAUGCAUUCAGCCAUGAACCAGAAGUUUAAUUUGAAGGAUUUCCUAGUCGCCUCAAGCUAUCGAAGUGGUCAACAUGAUUGACGCAUUUAGGCUCCAGAAGAAAUCGUUAUUUGACAAGAAGCAGUGCGUCACUUACAUGAAGACAUGCCUCAAAUUGCUGACAUCUGAGUUCACUGGGGAGAGUAUCCGAGUUUCUGAGACUUACCUAGCUGAGUAUUGAUGCCGAAACGGAGAUAUGGUUUAGUAGAAGCUGCCUGUUCAGUUUUUGCUACUCUCGAAGAGGAGGUUGCAGAAGAGUUGACAUCACAUGUAGCAAUCAUUCUACAACACCUUCUAUGUGCUUUUGGGAGAUAUCAGAAAAGGAAUCUUCGAAUCUUAUAUGAUGCUAUGGGCACUAAUUGCUGGUGGCAGUGAUGCCAAGGAAGUGGUAACUUCAGCUCCAUCAUAUUUUCAAGUUACUGAGUACCCCAGAAAAAGAAUCGAUGCCUAGUUCACAAGGUUCCUCAUUCGCUUGGUCGCCUUUGGGUACUUUUGAUCAGUUCUCACCCAUCUCCAGUUUCAAUACACUCAUUACCUUGCGGUAUUUUCCAGCUCCAUUGGAGUUUCAGAAGAGGCAUGCAUCUGGCAACCGAGGUGUCCCCAAGUUCAGAAUUCUACUAUUGCAUGAGUUGCAUGGUCACUUUUAACGUGCAAUUGUGGUGACCGCGUACCUUUUAUUUUCAUUUCAUCAUCCUUAUUUUAAAAUAAACCGUCAAAUUCCAAUUUUCAAAUGGUUUCUUAAUUUCUAAAUUCUUCAAAUAAUUUUGACUUUUUUUUUUUAGUUCUCAUCCUUAGUUUAUUUUUAGGACCUAAAAAUCCUAUUUUCAAUAAAAUUUGGCCGUCAUUUUCUUUUUGACGAGCCACUUUCGAAUUUUUCAUGAUUUUAAAAUAUUUUAAAAUAAACAUGAAUUCAAUUUUGUAAUUCCAAUUAAUGUAACUUAUGAAAUCAAUUCAUGCAAAAAUAGAAAUGGGCUUUGGUGGGGGCCCAACAUAUGAGAUUUUAUGAUUGAUGGAUUGAUUGGUUAAUUCGGUUGCCAUACAUGAUUUAUUCUGCUCUAUGAUAUGCAUGUGACUAUUCUUCAAUUGUGCACUAAUCCCACUUCUUGAUAGCGCAUUGAAGAUCGUUGCCCAGGUUCGUUACCAUGCCUUCACAUGUGCUGCCAUCUUCCUUUGUCGCUCCUUCACUUCAAGUCUCAUCGUCUCCUUGUUCAUGGCGGACGCGCCCCUCCCCUUGCACCAGCUGCCAUUUAUCGCCAUCAUCAUCGUCAAAGCCACUGCUUGGAAGCCAUGAUUAUUCUUUGCUCAAGUCCUUAACUCGAUCUCCACAUGUGGUGAAUUCUGAAGCUGAUAGCAGCACCAGAAGGAUGAAAGAAGUGAAGGAAAGAACCCGGGAGGCAUUCUAUAGAGCUUGGGAUUCAAGGGCUGCUAUGGAGAUGGUAGACACAGUUGAGAGGCUAGGUCUAUCAUACCAUUUUGAAGACGAGAUAAAAGCACUACUGCAAAGGUUCUGCGACUGGAAUUCCAGUGAAGAUCUCUUCACCACUUCCCUUCGUUUCCGGUUGCUUCGCCAAAAUGGAUUCCCAACUCAUUCUGAUGUUUUUGGCAAGUUCAUGGAUAAGAAUGGAAAAUUCAAGGAAAGCUUGACUGAAGACAUAUGGGGUAUGCUGAGUUUACAUGAGGCAUCUCACUUGGGGGCCAAAAAUGAAGAAGUAUUAGCAGAAGCCAAGGAGUUCACAAGGAUUCACCUCAUACAGUCUAUGCCGCACAUGGAACCCCAUUUUAGCAGCCAUGUCGGCCGGGCACUCGAGCUUCCCAGGCACUUGAGGAUGGCGAGGUUGGAGGUUAGAAACUAUAUAGGCGAAUAUAGCAGGGAAAGCAACCCGAACUUAGCUCUUCUAGAGCUAGCAAAAUUGGAUUUCGACAUGGUUCAAUCACUGCACCAGAAAGAGUUGGCUGAGAUAGUAAGGUGGUGGAAACAGUUGGGUCUUGUUGAUAAGCUUGAUUUUGCUCGAGACCGGCCGAUGGAGUGCUUCUUAUGGACAGUGGGGAUAUUUCCAGAUCCCAGGCAUUCAAGCUGCCGCAUCGAAUUAACCAAGGCCAUUGCUAUCUUACUAGUUAUUGAUGAUAUUUACGACUCUUAUGGAUCUUUGGACGAGCUUGCUCUCUUCACUGAUGCAGUAAAAAGAUGGGAUCUUGGUGCAAUGGAUCAGCUCCCUGAGUACAUGAAGAUAUGUUACAUGGCAUUGUACAACACUACUAAUGACAUUGCAUACAGGAUCUUGAAGGAGCAUCGAUGGAGCGUCAUAGAAGACCUAAAACGAACGUGGAUGGACAUCUUUGGAGCUUUCCUAGCUGAAGCCCAUUGUUUCAAAGGUGGCCAUGUACCCUCACUAGAAGAGUAUCUAAAUAAUGCAGUUACCACUGGAGGCACAUACAUGGCCUUGGUGCAUGCCUUUUUUCUUAUGGGGCAAGGUGUUACUAGGGAAAAUAUGGCCAUGUUGAAGCCCUAUCCCAACAUCUUCUCCUGUUCAGGGAAAAUUCUUCGGCUAUGGGAUGACUUGGGAACUGCAAGGGAGGAGCAAGAACGAGGAGAUAACGCGUCGAGUAUAGAAUGCUACAAGCGAGAGCGAGAGCGAGAGAUGGAUACUGUGUUGGAUGAUGAAGCCUGCAGGAAACACAUAAGGCAGAUGAUCCAGAGCUUGUGGGUAGAGCUCAAUGGGGAGCUGGUUGCUUCGUCUGCAUUGCCUCUUUCAAUCAUCAAAGCUGCCUUUAACCUCUCAAGAACUGCACAAGUCAUUUACCAGCAUGGAGAUGAUAACAAGACUUCUAGUGUUGAAGAUCAUGUACAAGCAUUGCUCUUUAGGCCUGUUUCCUCUAAUGGGCAUGCUCAAAUUACCAUGCAUUAGCCUUGGAUUGUCUUUAGGGUUCAUGAAGAUCUCAUUUGUAAUUCAUUUGUAGAAGUGCUUUCUAAAUACUUCAAAGUGCUUUUCCUAUAAAAAUGAGGUAUUUAGAGAAGCUUUAAAAAUCUUUUUCAAAAUUUAAUAAAUACCGUGAAGUAAA